GUCGGGGGCUGCGGCGAGAUGGCGGCUGCGGCCGCCGAGCGGGAGCGGCAGGAGCGGCUGCGGGAGGCGGCGGCGCUGGGGGACGCGGAGGAGGUUCAGAGGCUGGUGGAGUUGGGGGUCAGCCUCAACUCCCAGAACGAAGUCAACGGCUGGACUUGUUUGCACUGGGCAUGUAAACGGAACCACGCUCCGGUGGUGGCUUACCUGCUGCACGCCGGCGCUGACAAGGAGAUCCUCACGAAGAAAGGAGAAAGGCCGGCCCAAUUAACCUCCAAGAGAGAGAUAAGGAAGAUGUUGGGAGUGGAAGAUGACGAACUCCCAGACUUACAGAAAGAUUCAGAUCUGCCCAUCAUCCCCAAUUAUCUGGCUAACCCACCUUUCCCUUACGUCUAUAACACCAUGAGUAACAGUAUUCCAGAUCCCCCUGUGAACGGGAGUAUCUCACACGUAGAACCGCAAGGUACCAACUUGUCUUCCUUACCCGAUGUGGAGACUUGCACUCGUGCACCGUUACAGCAGGGGAAUGCUGCUCCUGAGGCAGCUGAUAGCGGAGGCGUGCCGGCCCUGCCCAGAGAGCGUACUGCACCACCGCACUCCACACCCGUCCUUCAGAGAGGUCCAGUUUACCAGGGAUCUGUGUCUUGGAGCAGAAGUCCCCCUUCGCCAGCUGGAUCACAUCAGUCCGGACCUCAGCAAGAGAACGGCUCCUGUAUGGGGCCUGUGCCAGCAUUUCAGCCGGUUUUCUUCACAGGAGCUUUUCCACUUAAUAUGCAAGAACUGGUGCUUAAAGUUAGAAUACAAAACCCUAAUCUGAGAGAAAAUGACUUCAUUGAAAUUGAACUGGACAGACAAGAACUGACCUACAAGGAACUGCUCCGAGUGAGUUGCCGCGAGCUGGGUGUUAACCCUGAGCACGUACAGAAGAUCAGAAAAUUACCAAAUACAAUGUUAAGAAAGGACAAAGAUGUUGCAAGGCUACAGGAUUUCCAGGAACUGGAGCUUGUUCUAACAGUAAGCGACAAAAACUUACUUUUCAGAGUCCCAACACUUUCUGAACGGAGUGGUUAUAACAAGAAGGCAUCAGAACUGACGUAUUAAUUGUUUAAAGAAUAAAAGAUUUGUAUCUGUCAUUUUAAAAUUACGUUUGAAAUACAGUAUCUAUAAGGGCUAAUGAUGCGGAAAAAAAUCUAUUUUGUUAACCUGGAAUAAACUAAAGAUGUUAUGCACAGUUACAGCCUCUAGUUAAUCUAAGAGUAACAAGUCUGAUAUGAAAGUAGUUAAUGCAAAGGAAGUAUCAGUAGAACUAUCUGUUAAUGCAACACUUUUUUCCUUACAAAAAUCUUGAAAUACUGUAGAGUUAGCAGCUC